AUUCAAAGUGUGAGCUUUACGUUAUAUAGGGCUAAACAAGGGAAAACCCCUCCUAGACCAGACUCCACUUCGCUCCCGAGCUCGCGCCAAAAAUGCAGACCCAGCUAACGGCUCGCGCACAGACUGCUGCUCCCUUCCGGGGCAUCGCGGCGCAGCGCACUCGCGUGAGGACCCAGGCGCUGUUUGGCUUCGGCAAGUCCAAGAAGGAGGUGGAUGAGGAGAAGGAGGAGGAGUUCCGGAAGCAGCAGGAACUGAUCCAGAAGCGCAAGAGCGGCGUGCUCAUCAAGGAGGCCAACGACCGCCGCCGCAAGGUUGCGGAGACGCUGCAGGAGCGCAAGAACCUGCGCGCGGCGGAGAAGGAGGCCCUGGCGCGCGGCGAGAUGCCGGAGACCCUGCAGGGCUGGAAGCCGUACGAGAAGGAGAUUGACCAGAAGGGCAUCUCGGGCGGCAUCGUGGUGCCGCUGCUGCCCUUCGGCAUCAAGAAGUACGACGAGGGCGAGCGCUUCGACCUGCGCUCCCCCUACAGCGACGCGGGCUGGGUGGACCCUGAGGAGCAGGACGCCUGGUCGGGCCUGAAGAAGAUUGGCACCAAGAUCCUCAACUUCAGCGGCAAGAGCGAGCCCACCGAGCUCAAGCCCAUCAUGUGGGCCACGCCCUUCACCAAGAAGCGCGGCGAGGAGGCGCAGGAGCCCGAGGAGCCCCAGCAGCCCAACAAGGGCAAGGCCGGCCGCAAGUAAACAGCCAGCUAGCCGCCAGCUGCUGCCGCGGCUGGCCAGGGGUGCUGGCCGGCUCGCCAGGGGUGCUGGCCGGCUCAUCAGGGGUGCUGGCUGGCUAGGGGUCCUGGCCGGCUAGGGUUCCUGUUCCUGGCCGGCCAGGCAAGAUGGCGUGGAGGAGGAAAAGCCGGGAGACGGGGCGGUGGUCAGCGGGGCCGCGGCGGCGCAGGAGCCGCGGCCACAGUGCAGGUGGCGGCAGCGUGCGGCGACAGGCGGCGGCAGCGGCGGCGAACAGCGAGAGGGGGCAGUGGGCUGGCGCAGGAGAAGACUGGGUCGGGGGGCGGGGCUGAGGAACGCCCUCGGGAGGGGUGCUACACUGCGGGGGCGCCACACUGCAGCCUGCAGGGCUGCACCGUGUCGUCGGGGUCGUGACCGGGGACCUGGAAUUCAAGCAGCAUGGACAGUGGCUCGGCCGGCGGCGGCACGGUGGCACAGCAACUGUGUCCGCCAGAGUCGGGGGCAGUGCCGUAGUACGCUGUAGCGGCGACUGCAUGUGGCGGCGGCGGUACGGCGGCUGGAGCGGCAGGCGGCGGCCGGGAGGAGGCAGAGCCGGUUACGCGUUACAAAUGCGGCUGCGUGCUACGACCCGGAGCCACACGACCCACCUCCCCGGCUCAUCAGCUACAGCCCCUUCGCCCCUGCUCUCUCCCGGCUCCUCUUCCCAGCAGCAGCAGGCAGCAGCAGCAGCACCUGCAGUAGCUACAGCUUGUGCAGCGCCUGCUCCUCCUCGGCCUUGACGGCGGCAGUAGCAGCGGCCUGGCGGGCGACGUACAUGCGGCCCAGGCUGCCUGCAACUGCCAGGUGGCCGGCGCACAGGGCCAGCCCCACCACUGCUACAGCCGGCGGCCCCAGCUUCAGCUUGACGCCUGUGUGUGGGGGGGGGGGGGCAGCAGGGGCAGGGCGCGAGUGGGCGCAUGGUAAACAUGGGUGGGUGGGUAGGUGGCUGGGUGGAGGGACAGUUGCGGAAGAGUUUUGGGGGUCAGCGGGGUAGUGUAUGGGUUGGAAGCUGCGAGAAUGGCGUGAGCGCUGGCGCACAAUAACUGAUGCGAGGAGAGAAGAAACAGAGACAGGUUCAAGUGUGUGCAGGGUCGCUGGAUCUGUGGGACAGGAUGCAGAGCGCGGCGUGGAGGACUGGAGUGGCGUGGCGUGGCGGCUGCGCGGCGGCAUGUGUGCGAGUGGCGGUGACACACGGCCUCCACACAGCCUCCACACACACGAACAGCACAGGGCGUGGAGGGCUCGGCAUGCCCCGUGUGAGCAAAGCAAUUUGGUGUGCGUGUCUUUUUGACCUGUGUGUGUGGGUGCGUGGAUGUGUAUCGUGUCUGCGCCAUGUGGUGGUGAGGCGGGGCCGCGUGUCAGGAUCCCGCUGCGGGGUCCCGUGGGGAUGUGCGGCACGACCGGUGUGAGCCAGGCGUUGGAUUGGCACGUGUACGGCACGUGGGUAUGCGUGUGCGUGAUGCCUUCAUUACACAAAUGCCCGCAGACAUGCCCGCAUGUAUUUUUGUAUGUUUCGCAAGCAAAGCCUAUGCUUGGUGAGGAGGAGUUGUUAUGUGAUUUCGUGGAGGUACGUAUGGUCGAGGCGGGCGGGGCAUGUACGGCGCUCCGUUUUCUGCCCGCCUUUGCCGUUUGUGGAUUGGACGCAUUUUAUCUCUCGUGAGCUCGUGAGCGGUUCGCAGGAUGGUUUUCGAAUUGUGUGACCGGGUCGUUGCGAUUGCGGAGUCGAUAUGAGAACAAUGCCAGGUGCCACGGCCGCUUAUAACGCUUUGUAGCAAGCUCUGCGAAUAGCCGGCCCAUCGGCACCUCCGCGGCGUAUUGGCAAGAUGGCGGCGCUGUAACAAAACACACAUGA